AACAUCCCGUCCCGCAUCCUUGCAAAGACAACCUUGCUGCUGCAUAGCUGAGUCAGUCACUGAGACCAGCCAGCUCGGGCUGCUGUAUAUAUAACGUGUGUGUUUGACGUCUGAGGGGCUGCAUCCAUGAGAAAUGCAGAGGAAUGAUGCUGGCACAGCGCCCACUGCAGUCUGCACACCGCACUCCUCAAAUCACGCCUCGCUGGCUCCCACUCUAAUUGGUUCCACGCAGGCUCCAGCGGAGAGCUCACCUGUUUUAAUUGGACUAUCGCGACAAGUCGUCUGAGUGACGUCGAUGCCCACUUUCCUCAGUUGUCGGACCAAUAUCUGAGGAUAUCCGACGAGCCAAAUUGGGCACCGACGGAGAACGCAGCAGGACCGACGGACGCGCUGCUCAGCAGGCCGACAACACAAGAGACACUGAGAGUCUGCAGCCUGCGGAUGGACGCAGGACAGAGGGCAGUGAGCGCUCUCGACAUGGACCAGCGGUAACAGCCUGAGGUUAUUAAACCAAAUGCUGUAGGAGUUCAUCUGCUUCAUCUCUGAACUCCUAGUUAACCAGGAGAGCGGGGGACAUUGACUUUUUACGCGUGGGUAAAAACUCUGCAAUCGGCUGUUUUGCUCUCUAGAAGCCAGUGCUGGACACAGGAGUUGCCCCGUCCUCAUUCUCGCCAUCGGCUGGCACGCUGAGACCAUCAGCACUGAAGCCUUCUGUUUUUUGCGCAAGCGGUCGGUGCGCCCCUGCGUUUGGAGCCAUGGGUUGUACGGUGAGCGCCGAGGACAAGGCGGCCGCGGAGAGGUCAAAGAUGAUUGACAAAAACCUCCGAGAGGACGGAGAGAAGGCGGCCAGAGAAGUGAAACUGCUUCUGUUGGGUGCUGGGGAGUCUGGGAAGAGCACCAUUGUAAAGCAGAUGAAGAUCAUCCAUGAAGACGGCUACUCAGAAGAUGAGUGUAAGCAGUACCGUGCCGUGGUUUAUAGUAAUACCAUCCAGUCUAUUAUGGCCAUUGUUAAAGCCAUGGCCAGUCUCAAGAUAGACUACAGCAACCCUUCCAGAGUGGACGAUGCCCAGCAGCUCUUUGCCCUGUCUGCAGCUGCUGAAGAACAGGGCAUCUUUCCUGAUGACCUUGCCAAUGUGAUCAGGCGAUUGUGGGGCGACAGCGGCAUACAGAGUUGCUUUACGCGGUCGCGAGAGUACCAGCUCAAUGACUCUGCUGCAUAUUACCUGAAUGACCUGGAGAGGAUAGCUAAAGCAGAUUACAUCCCCUCCCAGCAGGAUGUACUGCGAACUCGGGUCAAGACCACUGGCAUAGUGGAGACUCACUUCACCUUCAAGGAACUGCACUUCAAAAUGUUUGAUGUUGGAGGACAACGCUCAGAGAGAAAGAAGUGGAUCCACUGUUUUGAAGGAGUCACAGCCAUUAUUUUUUGUGUUGCACUGAGUGCUUAUGAUCUGGUGCUGGCUGAGGAUGAGGAGAUGAACCGAAUGCAUGAGAGCAUGAAGCUGUUUGACUCCAUCUGCAACAACAAGUGGUUCACUGAGACCUCCAUCAUCCUCUUCCUCAACAAGAAGGAUCUCUUUGAGGAGAAGAUCACUCGCAGCCCCCUCACCAUCUGCUACCCAGAAUACACAGGAGCCAACAAGUUUGAUGAGGCAGCCAGUUACAUUCAGACCAAGUUUGAAGACCUGAACAAGAAAAAGGACACAAAGGAGAUCUACACCCACUUCACCUGUGCCACUGACACCAAGAAUGUGCAGUUUGUCUUUGACGCAGUCACAGAUGUCAUUAUUAAGAACAACCUGAAAGACUGUGGUCUUUUCUAAAGGACAAUGCCCGACGCGCACAGACUGCAUGAGAGACUGCAACUGCCAUGUAAUGAUUAUUGAUUUUCAUAAUGAAAACCCUAACAGACUUGAUUCCUAGAGGGGAAACCUUAAAGAACUUCAACAAUCAAUGAUUUGCAACCAUCACAUUCUCUGUCAAUUGUGUUAUUAUGUUUUUUAUAUAUAUUUCUUACUGCUCUUGAUCAGGGGUUCUCAUACUAUUCAUACUGAACGCCUGUAAAUAGAUCUUUGACCAAGGACCCCCUUACUGGACACCAAUUGCUAACAUUCAAGGGCACUUACCUGAGAAUUGUUGUUUUUAAAUUACAUUUGUAACAUAAAUUAUAUUAUCUGACUGGCUUAAGUGGAAAAUAAUUGUUGGAAGAGUAAAGCCAAUAAUAAUAACCUAUUAUCUCAUUGUGUCACAUGGAAAAGUUAAGUAUUUUUCAUCCUUAGUAGGCAUUCAAGGACCAGUUUGAGAACCACUUGUUAAAACAUUAGUUAAUAAAAGAAAAUUUCAUUUGUAUUCAGAUCUCUUUCUCUCUCUUUUGAGUUUUUUAGGUUUUCAUUUUACUUUCCGUUUUUGCCUUGAAGCUUAAUAAGAGAAUACAAUACAAAAAACAACUUUUUAUAAAAUCACAUUAAUUUAUGUUCCCUAAUGUUGGCAUUUUAUGAACCUUUUGACUGCACAGAGCUUAUUUUUAGAAGAAAACAAACAAGCAUGGAGAAUGAAAAUGGAUGAAGGGAAAAUGUUUUUUGUAUAAUGUUUACACAGAAUCAAUAUACACCGUUGUAUAGUGCAUUGUUCUGCAUGACUGUCCAUAGAUUAGCUUGUAUCCCACACAAACUGAAUAACAUUCCUUAAGUAACUGAAAACAGAAAUGGUUAUGUGUCACUUUUAAGAUAUCUGCAAGAUUUUAAGUGGUUAUCUCUGUUCCUAACAUGGAUUGUUCUGUACUGUUUGUUUCAUUCCAAGUCUUUUUACAUAUGUUUGUGCCUUGAUAUACGUUUACACUUGUUCUUUAGUGACAUGCUAUCUCCAUAGUGUGAAUUAGGGCUAUUUCUACUCCACUUCAGUUCACAUAACCUAUGGUUUAAGAUGCACCAUAACACAGAGACAGACAGAUGAUAGUUGUUCAUUAAUAUCAAGGUAAAAGUCACUUGUUAAAUGUAAAUAAAGGUUUGGUCACAUGA